UCCAUUAACUGCAGAGUGGGCUGCCCUGUGUCAGCGGCUCCAAACACCAAGACCAGGGUGUGGAACAGGAGCAAGAAAGUGGAAGCCAUGACGUCCAGAUGCCUGAUUCUGUUAUUUCUCUUCACAUACAAACCUUCCCCGGAAGUUGCUGCAGAAAUUCAGGAAUCAUCAGAUGGUCCCGGCGCCCAGGAACCUGUGCAGCUCACAGAUGUCCAAGCUGCCAUGGAAUUCAUUGCUGCUGCUGAGGUGGCUGUCAUAGGCUUCUUCCAGGAUUUAGAAGUACCGGCAGUGUCCCUAAUCCACGGUGUGGUGCAAAAUUUCCAAGACGUGUCUUUUGGGAUCAGCACUGCCUCCGAGGUUCUGGCUCACUACAACAUCACUGGGAACACCAUUUCCCUCUUCCGUCUGGUGGAUAACAAACAACUGGAUUUAAAGGGUGAAGACAUGGAAAGCAUGGAUGCCACCAAGUUAAGCCGUUUCAUUGAGAGCAACAACCUCCACUUGGUGACGGAGUACAAUGCUAUAACUGCAAUUGGCCUAUUCAAUAGUAUGAUUCCGAUUCAUCUUCUACUGAUUAUGAACAAGGCCUCCUCAGAGUUUGAAGAAAACUUACACAGAUUUCAGGAGGCAGCUAAGCUCUUCCAGGGGAGGAUUCUUUUUAUUCUGGUGGACAGUGGAGUGAAGCAAAAUGAAAAGGCGAUAUCAUUUUUCAAACUAAAGAUGUCUGAACUGCCUGCUUUAGCAAUUUACCAGACUCUGGAUGAUAAGUGGGAUACACUGCCUAUAACAGAGGUCUUAGUAGAGCAAGUGCAAAAUUUUUGUGAUGGAUUCCUGAAAGGGAAGGGACUGAGAGAAAAUCAUGAAUCAGAAGAGAAGACGUCAAAGGUGGAACUCUGAUUGCUUCCCUGUUUCUUCUGCGUACAAUCAAGUAACUACUUUAUGCUGAAUGAAAAGGGGUCAAUAAAAAGACUCAAAUCUCAGAGACACUAAAUAACAGACUCACUAAGCUUCACACACACACACACACACACACACACAAAACUCCAGUUUGUUCCUUAAAAUCUCAAUUACUCUACUUGCCCUUUCUUUUAAAUUUUCUAUACUCUCUACUACCCAUCUGAUUUUUCUCUUCUGCAUUCAUACUGAGUGGACCCAUACACUGGAUGGAGGUUUUAAGAGAAACACUGCACUGUUGCUGUGAAGUGGGGGGUGGGGGAGAUGAGGGGACAGGGAGCAUUCCUAGAGGGAAACUGUUCUGAUGGGUCAUUUAAUAUUGAAACAUCCAACAUCUUGUAGGGUUGCCUAAGGGUUGAAACCCUACUAUAAGCCCUUGUCCCUCUCUGACUCAGAACCAAGGACACAAACAUGGUUUUAAACACCUUUCUGGAAUUGUCUUCAUGCCAGAAGUCAAACAAUAUUUCCGAGUCUCUGAACUCGGCAGAAAGAGACCGUGUACAACUCUAUGCUUGUUUCACGUUCCUAACUCCCCAUGUGAAUCAACAACCGCAUGAUAAAUAAAAAGUCCUAUCUUAUAGGAAAA